AGGACUUUUAUUUUAACUCCUACUACAGCUCUGGUGGAUCUGGACAGUCACCUCGGCCUCUCCAGCCCAGUGAAAGGACGUCUCUGCUCUGCUGUUGUCUCUCUCUUGGUGAUGCCUCCACGCUGGAGCCGCUCCAGGACGCACCCGAACUGGACAGGUGCACCUUUUAUACACCAAGGAGGACUUCGUGGAAGCUUUUUGCGCGCAAAGAUGAAGAGGAACUGAGAUUUUAUGGCACCUUGAACGGACUUUUUCGCUUAUUUUGCACUGGUUUGAGGAAUGAGAUGGAGCAAUCAUUUAGGGAAUCAGCCCAGUUUAAUUUCACGGGUUAGACAGAACCACACCAUGCUGCUUUUAUUCUCACGGUUUCUGUAUUUGUGGCUUUGCAGUGAAGCCGUGGCGAGUCAGCUCCACUGGCAGAAAACAAAGACGACUUUCAGCCCUCAUUAUGAGUCCGACCCCGCUGAAAGGAAUGCGCAGAGCCGGGAGUGGCGCACACUUAUUGGGAAGGACAAUGAGGGGUCGCAGGGAGAGAGAGUAAGGGAGACUUGGGUAGAUACUGUAAAGCCUUCUUCUCUUGAGCCGCUGGGGGAAGAGAUUCCCCAAAGCACUGUGCGUAAAGGAGAUGGGCAAAAUGUACCCGAAACUUUACGCAUGAAUGUAGACGCGCCAGAUGAGCCAAUAAUGAAUGGGUGCCCCCCGGGAGAAGUCCUAAAACAAAUUCUCAAUGGACGCACAUGUAGCCCCAGGAGGACGGGACUAAACCAGCGGCACAGAAGGAGCGUAAAACCCUGGAGGAGGAAGAGGAGCGAGGCGCUAAACGCCUCACGCGAAGCUCUGCCUGUAGCCAUGGCGCAGGAGCAAGACGCCGAGUUCCCCCUCACUUUAAACACCAGCGACUACGAGGAGGAGGAGUACAGCUUCCCAGAUCUUACAGACUCCACACCGUUCACGCCCGUGGACACUCGGACCAGGCGGAAGCAGCUCAAGAACCCUUUCUAUCCGGUCACCGCGGAGUCUUACGGCGCGUACGUCGUCAUGAUCCUCUCCACCGUCAUCUUCAGCGUGGGCAUCAUCGGGAACGUAUCCGUCAUGUGCAUCGUAUUUCACAACUACUACAUGAGGAGCAUCUCCAACUCCCUGCUGGCUAACCUCGCGCUCUGGGAUUUCGUCAUCAUCUUCUUCUGUCUGCCGCUCGUGCUGUUUCACGAGCUCACGAAGAACUGGCUGCUGGGGGAGUUCUCGUGCAGAAUCAUCCCUUACCUGGAGGUGGCUUCCCUCGGUGUCACGACCUUCACACUCUGCGCUCUGUGCAUUGAUCGUUUCCGAGCUGCCACCAACGUGCAGAUGUACUACGAGAUGAUCGAGAACUGGGCGUCCACCACAGCCAAGCUGGCCGUCAUCUGGGUGGGCGCUCUGCUGCUAGCGCUGCCCGAGCUUUUAAUCCGACAGCUGGUCACCGAGGAUGGCGACCCGCCUGAUGUGACACCCUGCGAGCGCUGCGUUGUGCGAAUAUCCACUGACCUCCCAGACACGCUGUACGUCCUGGGACUCACAUACGAUGGCGCUCGCCUCUGGUGGUACUUUGGCUGCUAUUUCUGUCUGCCAACGCUGUUCACCAUUCUCAGCUCGCUCGUCACUGCUCGCAAAAUCCGCCAAGCAGAGAAAGCCUGCGUUCGUGGCAGUAAGAAGCAGAUCCAGCUGGAGAGUCAGAUGAACUGCACCGUGGUGGCUUUAGCCAUCCUCUACGGCUUCUGCACCAUCCCCGAGAACAUCUGCAAUAUCAUCAACGCCUACAUGGCGGCUGGCGUUCCCAGGCGAACCCUGGACAUCCUUCACCUGGUCAGCCAGCUGCUGCUCUUCUGUAAGUCGGCGGUGACGCCGGUGCUGCUGUUCUGCCUGUGUCAGCCGUUCACCAGAGCUUUCCUGGACUGUUGCUGCUGCUGCUGUGAGGAAUGUGGGCCUCCUCGCUCCCCUGCAACCGCCACCAGCGAUGUUGACAACGAGUGCACGACCACGGAGCUUGAGCUGUCGCCGUUCAGCACCAUCCGUAGGGAGGCGUCCACAUCUGCCGGGUAUGCCGCAGUGGGGACGCACUGCUGAAGACAGUGUCGACAAAUCAGGGUGUAAUUCCUGAAUUUGUUGGACCUCAAACUGUUGACCACAUUGAUGUUUACCGACAAACUGAAGGCGGCGCUGUUUGUCCGUUCACUGUUUACAGAAUUUAUAUAUAAAGAAGAACACAGUUUAAGUUAGAAUCAUUUAUUUGUUUAGUUCUUUUACAUUAACUCACCUGUACUUUCAAUAAAACUGCACUCUGUUUUAUUUUUGUCACUGUAUUUGGCAGAGGCUGAGAGCAGAUGUGGACCCUGGGAGAUUUCCUGCUCCAGUUCUAGAGGGGUAACGCUUCAUUUUAUAAGUCUGUCAGAAGUCUGGGAAGUGACAUACCAACUCUUGUUGAGGUUUUCCUUAGUUUGUGGUGGGUUAAAUUCAAAUUCAUCCCCUUCAGUAAGUUUUCUAUCUUUAUUGAUAAAAUUCUGCUGUGUUGAAAAAGAACCACUUUAGCAUAACCUCUGAUAGAGUAGCAGGAAAUAUACGCCAUCCAGUACAUCAUUCUGGUCCCGGCUUUGUGUCACUUCCUGCCCCACGGUUUAGGUCUGCAGCUGAUGAUCCCUAAAUGCCCCAUCAUGGAGGUCUGCAGCCAGAUCCUAAAAGCACAGCUCUAUUUAUGUCUGUCCAGCCUUGCUUGAAGUGACGUGAAUUGCUGAGCCUUUUUUCUGAUCUGAAUUAUUUGUCCCAGAUGAGUAAUAAGUGCAGUCUCUUCAUUUCAUGUUCACAAUCUUGUGGAUUAAAUUUGAUUCUUUAAGGGAAUUAUGCAGUAAUUUUUCCUUAGAAUAAAGCGUUACCCUGAUAACUGGCAUUAAAUCCUCCUCCACCAUGGCUGCUAACAGCUCCUGAAAUUCUCUUCCUUUUGGAUCUUUUUUUUUUACGUUGUGUGAGUCAGUCUGUGAGAAAUACAGUAAUAUAUUGGAAAUGGCUGUUAAUGCUGUUAUGUAAAUCAGUCCUGGCUGUAUGAGUGUGUCCAUCCUCUUUGCUCAGUAUGUAAUGUUUUAUUUUUAGCCACAAGAGAAAAUCACUUUAAUGAAAACAUAUUUUAAAGUAGAUUCCUUUCUGAACCUCAGUGGACAUUUUAACAGGUGAUUUCAUGUGUGCAGAGAUCUUUCAUCUUCAUUUCUGCUUGGAAUCCACAAAGUUCACACGUGCAUAAAGGAAACACACAAUCUGCAUGUUUCUCUGCCUGUACAGGGUUUCUUUGUCCUUAAUUUGCUUCCUGUUUUGAUUUUAUGUCGAUAUUAUGUUUUAUUUUGAAAUCGACACGAUGCUCUGUUUUCUUUCAAAAUAAAACACCAC